AUGGUGACGAAGUUCGUUUUAAUUGCGACCGUACUGAUGAUGGCAUCGGUGCAGGAUGGAUCAGCAGGACACGCUCACAGCUUCGCGCAUUUCCACGGUCCUGUGGAAGGUCCCGCGGAGGAGAUCACCUUCCAUGGUAAACAUGGAUAUCACCAUGGAUACGUAGCUCAUCCAAAAUACGAUUUCUCUUACGGGGUCCAAGAUCACCAUACUGGCGACCAUCAUAGUCAAAAGGAACACAGAGACGGGAAAAAUGUAGCUGGCGAGUACACGGUGAAGGAACCAGGAGGAAACGUGAGAACCGUCAAGUACCACGCCGAUCCUCAUGGAGGAUUCUUCGCCUACGUGCAUAAUUCCAAUGGAAACGACCACGAUGGAUAUGGAGGUGGACAUGGACACGAUGGUGGAUCAGGCUACUAUUGA